AACCCUAUAUACAUACAUACAGCAAACCACUCAAGUCCGUUUCUGCGAGUUUUCCAAUGGCGGACAAGAACAUUUUUUAUAACAUUCCUCCCAACUACGUGACGCUUGCUAUGCUUAAGGAAAAGUGGAUCAAGGAGCAAGAGCGGAAGAAGAAAGACGAAGAACAACAACAAGAUCAGCUCCAACAAACAAAUCUCCAAAAACCUCAAUCCGAAACCCUAGAUCAGGGAGAGGAAUUGAUUGUUGUUGAAACGGAGGGCACUGAGAAGGAGACGGAGAUCCAGCCUGCUAGGAAGAAGAAAAAGUGGAAGAAGAAAAAGAGGGUGAAGAAAAAGUGGGAGGGUAACUUGGAGGAGAAGUUAGGGGGAGGUGAGCCUCACGCGCCAGUGAUAAUUGAGAAAAAGAAGGGUCUGGCAGCUAAUCCAAGCGAAAUCAGGCCAAAGAAAGAGAUUGUGCCGAAACGGAGCGAUCGUGGUGGGGAAGAUGUCAAGCGAAAUCAGGUCGAGAAGGAAAAAGGUUCGCAAGUUGGGUAUGUGAAGAAGAAGGUACUGCCAAGAAGCGAAAUCAUGCCGAAGAGAGAGAUUGUGCCGGAACGGAGCGAUCGUGGUGGGGAGGAUGUCAAGCGAAAUCACGCCAAGAAGGAAAAAGGUUCGGAAUCGGGAGGUAGGUAUGGGAAGAAGAAGGUAAUGCCAAGCGAAAUCAUGCCGAAUAGAGAGAUUGUGCCGGAACAGAGCGAUCGUGGUGGGGAGGAUGCCAAGCGAAAUCACGCCAAGAAGGAAAAAAGUUCGGAAUCGGGAGUUAGGUAUGGGAAGAAGAAGGUAAUGCCAAUCGAAAUCAUGCCGAAUAGAGAGAUUUUGCCGGAACGGAGCGAUCGUGGUGAGGAGGAUAUCAAGCGAAAUCAUGCCGAGAAGGAAAAAAGUUCGGAAUCGGGAGUUAGGUAUGGGAAGAAGAAGGUAAUGCCAAUCGAAAUCAUGCCGAAUAGAGAGAUUUUGCCGGAACGGAGCGAUCGUGGUGAGGAGGAUGUCAAGCGAAAUCAUGCCGAGAAGGAAAAAAGUUCGGAAUCGGGUGUUAGGUAUGUGAAGAAGAUGGUAAUGCCAAGCGAUAUCAUACCGAAGAGAGAGAUUUUGCCGGAACGGAGCGAUCGUGUGGAGGACAUUGUGCAGAAAGUCGGUGACUUGUCCGUGAAUUAUUAUCGGAAUCCUAGAUUAACGAGGCCUAUUGAUGUACGCAAAGGUAGUAGAGGUUAUAGGGAAAAGACAAAUGCUCAAACCAUUUGGGUUAGAAAAGGAGAGGCUGCCGGAGGUGGUGGAGUGGAUGGCAUUUGAAAGGAGCCGAAUAACUUCACUGCUUAAUCAUCAACCAACAUCCGUUAUGCUAUUCUCUGCAUAAAAAAAGUGGCACCCGCUAUAGCUUUGCUGCAUGCCCAUGAUUUUUUUUUGGGUAAUGUGGAACCCACGCAAUUAUCCGAUGGACAACUGACUAACAUUUGGUGAUAACUCUUCCAGUGUUACCAGAACUUUCAACUUAUUUUCAUGGUCAUGUAAUUGUAUCUUCUGAACAUCUGUUUUGUUCAUUCUCUCUGUUGCAAGUCAUCAGCUACAUGCUUGAAGACAUGGGAAGUGGAACCCACUCAGUUGCUCAACCUAGUACGGGAAGAUAAUGCAGGCUAACAUUCGUACAUACUAGGUUGAGUAAGGGUCCAUCUCGCAAAUUGUGAUAAUGGAAACACUCAUGAGACUUGAACUCACAACCUCCCACUUGGGUUAAGAGUUAUUGUGGUUAAGUUCACCAUCUCAACCAUUUCAAUCAAUGACCCAUUAUUUGUCUUUUAUUAUUGAGUACACCUGAUCAAUACUUCUAUUGUUGGUAAUUCACAUUUUGUGGCAUUUUGCAGAAUGAAAUUCUUUCUGGAA